CCGGUGGGCGGGGCGCGCGGGUUUUCUCGCGAGAGCAGGGGGCGGGAUCUUCCUUUCGCCGGGCGGCGGCCGCCGAGAUGCCCUCCAGACUGCGCAAGACCAGGAAGCUGAGAGGACACGUCAGCCACGGACACGGACGCAUCGGCAAACACAGGAAGCAUCCUGGCGGUCGCGGUAAUGCCGGUGGGUUGCACCACCACCGAAUCAACUUCGACAAAUACCACCCCGGUUACUUUGGGAAAGUUGGCAUGAGGCAUUACCACCUGAAGAAGAACCAGAACUACUGUCCCACGGUCAACCUCGAUAAGCUGUGGACCCUGGUGAGCGAGCAGACGAGGACCAGCGCCGCCAAGAAGAAGCCGGGAGUCGCCCCCAUCAUCGACGUCGUGCGCUCGGGCUAUUACAAAGUCCUGGGUAAGGGAAAGCUUCCCAAGCAGCCCGUCAUUGUGAAAGCCAAGUUCUUCAGCAGGAGAGCCGAGGAGAAGAUCAAAGGAGUCGGUGGUGCCUGUGUCCUGGUGGCCUAGUCGUUUCUGUCCAAGAAAUAAAUGUUCUGUAUUACCAGUC